GCGUACGUUCGUCUUUCGACAGUGAUCUUGUCAUUCAAUUGCGCGCCGAGAUUUUGUUUGCCAUGGAUCGAUACCUGUGCUUCGUGCUGAUGAUCGUCGCUUUUCCAUUCGCCAUGCCACAGUCGACCGAGAGGGGACCGUGCAAGUGUGGUGUGUUUCCGGUGGGGACGUCAAAGUCGAUCAUCGAACGGUCGUUUCAGCUGAACGUCACGUGUGACAAUGAGGGACUGGAGCAAUGUGUUGCGUUAUGCGUUGCUCUGGCGAAGACUGCGCAAGACAGGAUGCCACAAAUGAUUUGCGAGGCGAUAGAGGAACACGUGGAAAAUCUGCAGGUUGCAGUGUUCGCUGAGACUUGCGACAGUCUCUCCUGGACGUUCACCGGUCUAAAAAGCGAAGAACCAUUCCUCUGCUGUCAUGAUAGAAAAUCGAUUUCUUGUUAGAACAAGAUCCGAUGAUCGCAGUCGAUUAAACGCAUCGAUCCUUCGUUAGGCUGUUGAAGAAAUUUCAAGUGAAAAGUUGCGUUGUUUUAUCGUAUAGUCUGUGUGUGUUUUAACGUUUUUUAACGCGCGGAUGUCUGUAUCGACGACAAGAUCCACCAACUGUUUAUCAGUUUGUCGGUAAUCGAUGAAUUUGUAUCGUAGCCGGCCCUUAUCGCGUACGAUUGACAUAAAUAAGGAUCGAUUGUGGUUCGGUAGAAACGGAUUGUUACGGAAUCCGCGUUAACGGUAUCGGCGAGCGAAGUUAAUUAUUGGUAGUUGCGGCAAGCCUCGUGUUUUUUUAAUCGACAAACGAAGAAUCGACGAUGAGAGAUCGUGUAACUUGAAUAAAUUGAGACAAUGGA